UUCGGUGGUUAACAGCUCUGAAGAUACAGAACCUCUUCAUCAGUCAUGUCGCUGCCAACGACCAACAGGCCCUGUCCAUCUCAAUCUCUGACGACGAUGUUGUCCUCUUUAAGGUCUGUAAGCCCUAAUUUCUUGAGCCCGGAGUCGCCUGGAUACUGUCAGUCGACUAACCAUAUGCCCUAAGGCAUUCGUCGCUCAUGACGUCGCUGUCAGGAAUCGAUUCCGGAGAGGCAAAGUACGCUAAAUGAUGAACCAAGACGAGUAUGGUGCCAAGCUGUUUGGUUUUAUGGGUGCGGGGUCUGCAGCAAUAAUCAUCGCAAUGGCAAGGGAAACCGGUAUUCUUGAAAAGCUGUUGGAAGCAGAAGUGUCGAUGACGUCACAGGAAAUUGCCGUGAAAACGGGUUUAAAGGAGAGGUACGUGCGUGAGGUGUUGGGUGCGCUUGCAACAGCUGAAGUGAUUCAGGUGAGCAAGGACAGUUCUCACUACCAUGUACCAAGCAGUCACAAGAGCGUUCUGGGCUCGACGUCCGCCUUCUGUAGGAUGAUGCCACACUUUGGCCAGAGAUUCCCUGCUGUCAAGGAAUGCUUCAAGCUGGAUGGACCCCAAGGAGUUGCUUUCGGAGCAAUACCAGAGGUGUUUGACAUCAUGGACGACUACCGUUCAGUCAGUCAGGAUAUGUUUAUAGAUAACAUUUUGUCAGCGGUGCCUGGCUUGAAAGAGAAACUGGAAGCUGGUAUCACUGUUGCUGAAUUCGGAAGCGCAAGGGGUUCUCUCCUUGCCAAUAUGGCGGCGAGAUUCCCUAAGUCUUCUUUCACCGGAAGUGACGUGGUGGCGGAUGUUGUGGAAACGGCAAACGCAACUGCAUCCAAGAGGAAUUUAAAAAACAUCAGUUUCAAAGUGUAUGACCUCUACGAUUUACCUAAGGAACUAACUAACUCCUUUGAUUGGAUAUUCAUCAGUGAUGUGGCUCACGAUCUGGCUUACUUAGACAAAGCUCUUUCAGAAAUCCGUAGAGCUGUAAAAUCCGGUGGAACCUUUAGUAUGCUAGAUAUUUGUAUGCAUGGAAGUGUGGCUGAGAAUGUUGGCAACAUGGGUGCUUGUUUCCUUUUUACUGGUUCUACGAUGUUAUGUCUGGCGGAUAGUUGCCGAUACGAAAAUUCAGCCCAACUUGGACCCUCUUGGACGUCGGAGAAGGCACAGGAGUAUCUCAGGCGGGCCGGAUUCACUGUAGUUAAGGUACACCAAAAUAUUAAAGACAAGCACAUGACCCACUUUGUCUGUGAGUAGAGAGGUUCAUAUAUAAGGAAUUUGUCAGUCACAACAUUGGUUACCAAACUACACUUACUUGUUCAAGAUGUUUUCAUUUCCAUCCAUCCAUGAGUGAGUGAGUUGGAUUUAUCGCCGCUUUUAACACUAGUGCAGUUAUAUCGCGGAGUGUCAGCUUUAUGUGGGAGGAAAGCUCUAAGUGAUGCAGGACGUUUACCACUUCGGCGUUUCGCGCUUAUGAACUUGGCGUCAUGCGCUUGUGAAACAGUAUGCGCGGUGGAGUGCUUGAUUUGUAUUGUGGGGAUGGAUAUAUUUUGUCACUUGUAUAUAAUAACCGUGAGUAACUUUUCAUGUAAUUAAUUUCAUCAAAAAUUAUGAUUCUCAAAUAUGUAUUAAAUAAA